CUCCACGAAAUUAUGGUUUCUUUUUCUUCCUUGAUGUUGUUAGUGGUGGCUAUACUGGCUACUAGUCUUGUAGCAGUAAUCUCUGAUGUUGGUAACUUCUACCAAGAUGCCGAGGUGACUUGGGGAGAUGGUCGGGGUAAGAUACUCAACAACGGACAGCUUCUCACGCUUUCCUUAGACAAAACCUCUGGCUCCGGUUUUCAGUCGAGGAAUGAAUAUCUCUUUGGAAAAAUUGAUAUGCAGCUUAAACUUGUCCCUGGGAAUUCAGCUGGCACGGUCACGGCCUAUUAUUUAUCGUCCCAAGGACCAACGCACGAUGAAAUUGAUUUUGAGUUCUUGGGGAAUUUGAGUGGAGAUCCUUACAUUCUACAUACAAAUGUUUUCACCCAGGGCAAAGGUAACAGAGAGCAACAGUUCUAUCUAUGGUUCGACCCUACAGCCGAUUUCCACACUUACUCUAUCCUAUGGAAUCCUCAAUGCAUCAUCUUCUCUGUGGAUGGAAUGCCAAUUAGAGAAUUUAAGAACUUAGAAUUCAUUGGUGUCCCGUUUCCUAAAAAUCAACCGAUGAGGAUAUACUCAAGUCUCUGGGACGCUGAAAACUGGGCAACAAGAGGAGGACUCAUAAAGACGGACUGGUCGAGCGCACCCUUCACAGCCUCAUACCAGAAUUUCAAUGCCAACAAUGCCUGUGUUUCAUACUCUCCAGGUUUUACUUCCUGUAGUUCAUCGGGAUCUUCUUCUUCCUUCAAUAGAGCGUGGCUUUUGCAAGAGUUAGAUUCUACAAGUCUAGGGAGAAUGAGGUGGGUGCAGGAAAAUUACAUGAUCUACAGUUACUGCACUGACACAAAUAGAUACUCUCAAGGGAUCCCUCCUGAAUGUGCCUACUCCAACCUCAACUCCUAGACAGAUUUUUUUUGUUUUUUUUAGACGUCCUUCGUAAAAGGCUAAUGAUCCCUCGGCCAUUUGCAUAAGCCAAACAGGAGGAACACAUCAAUUGUUUGUUUUAGCCCAAAGAGCAAGCUCAUUACCAAUAUAAUUACAAGUCGUAAGCUGAAAAGAAAAAGAUAUAUCCGACUAAAGA